AAAUUCUCUGAAUUUUCACAAGCUCAACUCUUUGUUGUCUCUUUAUGACUGGACUGCCCCGAUCGACCUCCAACCCCCCUACGUUCCCCUACAUUGUCCCUACUGCGUCCAUUACUGCAGUCAUCGACUCAGAACGGGCCGGAUGGGAGCCCCGAAGGCCGAGACCAACAAUCAUGGAGCUUCCAUUCAUAUUGCCUGUUGAACUGUUCCUUGCCAUGGACCCCGAGGAGGAAGCUUCAACCAGCCACUUCCCAUAUGUCGACGACGUGGCCGGGCCACAGCAGACAGCCAGACGGACACACUUACUACCAAACAGACGUUGGCAUUGACAAUGAUACUGACACUGACGAUGCUCUAUGCACCUCAGAAAACGGCCCUUUGGGUGCAGAAUAUGCACAUGGACAUCUCCCGAGAGCUUCCCUUCGUUUCUCCAGACCCUUGGCAAAAGAAGACGACGGACCAAGAUGGCUCGCGUACCCAAUGCUCCCACACGUUGUGUCCGUAUUGGCCUGUCCCCCUCCCCAUCCAAUGCAGAUUCCAUUCUAUCGUGGGCGGCUAUCAACCCUCACCAGCCUUCAUCAACCCUCAACCAACCCUCACUGACACCCAAGAAGCCUGACCCUCGUCCACCAGUCAUCUACCGUCUACACCAAUCUGGGGCACACGAAACCGCCACCACUGCCGGCCAUUGGAGGCUUAGUGGUUCCACGGCAGCGAAUAGUAAGCUGCAGCGGCCCCCCAUCGAAAAACGGCAAGGCACUCCCGUCCCUACUACUGUGGGACUGCUCGCCUUAGAUUAACCUAUGUCUCGAGUGAAGGACAGGCACCCAGCAAAUCAUGGCUCCCAUCGAGGACAGCUUCACGACGACUACCUCUACGUAGACUAGUGCUGUAUCAGUUUUUGCCCUUUUCUAGCGUGGUGGGCUGAGAUAGUCAUCCACAUUUGACGGCCCGCCUCGGUUGACCAUGUGUUGUCCUUGUCUCCAUCAUCCACUUUUCCGCCUCUUGGUUCUGCUUCUUCCCUUUCCCAAAUCACCGCUCGUUUCUUGCCAUUCAUCACUUGUCUACCUACAUACUGCGAUUCUACAGUCCAUUGUAUGUGGGUGGGUGCCUUAGCUACAACCGCACUCUACCACUCCUCUCUGAACCAUGGGUUUCCUCUUCUUUGGUCGGUCAAAGAAACCAAGGAAAGACGAUAGAGACACACCGACAUCCCCACACCAUCCUCCUCACCUUUCCAAUCGAGGUCAUCGUGACCGGCAGGUUUCCGGCUCGUCCUCAAAACAUCACUAUGCCGCUCUCCCACCACCACCAGCCUACUCGCCGCAUGACUGGCACAAGGGUCAGCCGUUCGAACCCGCCGGCCUCCUCCCAUCACCGACAGGAUGGACUCCGUCUUCACCACAACCCAUCAUUGUCAACCAACAUCACUACUAUCUCGGCACUCCGGGUCCAAACUCCCCACCGCCACAACUCAUCCAGUCAAUACCACCGAUUCCGCCGCCAAAGAACAGCACCAGCUCUCUCAACAAGAUGCCCGCGGGGUCGGUGAUGGAGGUGGCAUCGGAUAUCUCCCAAGUACCAAGCCUCGCCCACGGCUUUGACGGAAUGCUUUCCCAUUGGCCUGACAACAAGACUCAGCUACUCAACCAAGGCGCCGCCCUCUACGACCAAAUCUCCGGUCGACUAAAUGAUGUCUUGACGAGGAUAGAUCUGAACCAAAUCAGUGGAGAGGAGAAGGAACACUUCACAUGGAGGCCGGCUGUUCAGGAAACCUCGUAUCCGCCCUCAUCGAGCAUGGUCGGAUCGAGAUCCGCGGUGAAGUCGGGAAUCCGGAGGAGCAGCUCGCAUUCGAGGGAGCACAGGGAGCACAGGGACAGAGAACAUCGGGAGCACUCGUCGUCAACGAACUCGGGUGGUUACUUUGCAAAAGUCGAUCUCUACGCCAACUCGAGAUUGCCUACCGACCUGCCCCCUUUGAGACUGUACAUUCCCACCUGGCCCCUCCUCUGUCUCGCCGCUCAGUAUUCCGAGCGAGUCUAUGAAAGGCCCAAGGGCGCCGAACGAGACGCCCAUGUCAACGCUGACUGGCGAACCGGCGCCAAAGCCAUGGUCAUCAAAUCCGUGCCCAUGGAUUAUGUCAACACCAUCGUGUUUGCCAUUCGCGGCACCGCAACUUUCAUGGACUGGGCCGUCAACCUCAACUCGAAUCCCACCUCUCCCGAAGGGUUUCUGGACGAUCCCGGCAACCUUUGCCACGCUGGCUUCCUUGACGUCGCUCGGAAUAUGGUUCAACCCGUCGCUCGUCGGCUGCGCCAGCUUCUCGACGAGGAUCCCAGCCGAUCGUCGUAUUCGUUACUCAUCACCGGCCAUAGCGCUGGUGGCGCCGUCGCUGCUCUGCUCUACAGCCACAUUCUCUCGACGACAAAGGAGGCGCAAAGCGAGUUGACGGCGGUAGCUGGAUGCUUUAAGCGAGUUCACUGUGUCACAUUCGGCACUCCACCAAUCAGCAUCAUCCCGUUGAAGAAACCGGAGGACUUUGAGAGGAGGCCGGAACUGAAGAAAAGCUUGUUCCUAUCUUUCAUAAACGAGGGCGAUCCGGUUGCUCGGGCGGACAAGGCGUACGUGAAGAGUUUGCUCGAGCUGUACACCUCUCCCGCGCCUUCGAUCAACCCACUCUCGCCAGCCCCAAGUCGCAAAGGACCGAGCAGUAGUUCUGACCUCAACAUGCGCAUGAAGCCCGCCGGACAAAAAUCUUCUCGAUCAUCGCUACAGUCAUCGAAAUCCGGCAAGUCAACAGACGCCAGGAGUACCGAGCGCCGAAGUAGCAGCGGUAGCAGCAGUCACCACACGUCUUCUUCCUCCGGUUCCUCCCACCGCAGCAGCUCGCGCUCCCGCAGUUCCACAUCCUCCGCCAGCUCCGCCCUGACAACAACAUCCACGACCGCUUCGUCGGUCUCUAGCAGCCACACUUCCUCUUCCUCGCCGGGACCAACUUGGAAACUCCCCGCCUCCACGCUCUCCUGCGCCGGUCGGCUUGUGGUGCUAAGGAGUGGUGACCCAAAGUCCAGGCUAAAAGGCAAGGGGAAAACGGUUGAGGAGCGACUGAAUGAAGGAGUGGUGGCGCAUGUGGUGGCGAGCGAAGAGAUGUUGAGGGGAGUGGUUUGGGGUGAUCCGUUGAUGCAUGUUAUGAAGUUGUACAAGGGGCGUAUUGAGACGCUUGCUGUUGGGGCCGUGACUGCCAAGGGGUAUUGAGAUUUGGAAGGGAAGGGGGACAAUGGAUGAAUGGAAAGGUGGAGGAAAGUGCGAAAGAGGUGAUGAUUGACGAUUUGAUGAUGAUGUUACGACUAAACCAACGAAAAAGAAAAGACAUUUGACGGCGAAUAUACAGCAGCUACAACACAUGCGGCGACGGCGAAGAUACUUUAGAUGGACAGACGGAUGGACGGAUGAUACCAGUCGGGGUGCUUGACUACCAACCUACUCAACUCUCUUGUCGCUUACUCUUGACAACAUUUUCCUUUUUUUAUAUCAAAAUGCAUGGUACAUAGCAUACAUUGGGCGGAUACCUUAUACCUUGAGAACUUUUACAUAGUUAACCAGCUGCGAGCAGCGGAAAGAUGGCGGAGCGGAUAAUACAACUUGGGUUUUGUGUGUGUGUA